GUCCGGCUUUUAGCGACCGCCGUUGCUACCGCGGCGUCGUGGUUUUAGCAACAGUGUUUCAAUUCGCAUAAAAAGUAGCUCAUGUAAAAACAGUACAGAACACGGGAGAUUUUCAAUGUCGUGAAACGAGGAAAAGAUGCAUGGAUCCCGACGACCGUAAAGACGUGGACCUCGUACGUCACGACACAUUUGGAUGAAGAUUCCCGCGCGAAUCAUGCGCAGUACGGUCCUGUGAAGAAGAUAUACCUCAUACGCAACUCUUGUGCGAAUCCUGCUUUCCUGGUUACGAGAAUCUGCGAAAGAGUCUACCUCAACGGCAUUGAUAGCUGAUUGAAAGCUAGCUGUUUCGAGGAAACUAUUACGUCGAACGUGUCCCUGAAUAUCGAAAAAGAUUUUUUUAUCUUGCGUACCGACGUGUGUAUCGAAAGGAAGAUCACAGUUCCUGCAAAGCGUGCGACCUCACCUGUUGCGAGCGACCUCCUCUGUUGAUCUUAAUCGAGGUUCCGUUGGCCAAAGUUCAGGGGUGCCAUAAUCUUUCCUUCCUGCCUUGUGGAGCUCGUCCUGCGGUUGCUAUUAAUGCCACGGAUAUACUGAUCAUCGUUUUUGAGAUUUGUGCUCACGAGAUUUCGCAAUACCAUUUCCAUGCUCGUCGUUCACGGAAGCUUUUGUAAUCUGAGGUACAGCAGGUAAACGCUUUGCGGAUCAGCCACGUCUAACUUCAAUCGUGCAAGGACUGAACAUACCUGGGAUCGUUUGGAAAGCACGUCCCGCAAGAGCCCUCCAGCCAAAAUCACUCGCCUAACCUCUUCCCUGCCCACCUUAUCCUGCCUCAUAUCCUUCCCCUUCCCCGCAAGUAUCAAGAAGACCCUUCCUUCUCAAUCAAAGGAUCUGUGACUUCAUUAUGGACAGUAUGGAUUCCAAACCAGUCCUGAACGAUGACCCCUCAGUUACCCUGACCAUCCGCCUGAUUAUGCAGGGCAAGGAGGUCGGAAGUAUCAUUGGGAAGAAAGGAGAGAUCGUGAAGAGGUUCCGGGAAGAGUCGGGCGCGAAGAUCAACAUCUCGGACGGUUCGUGUCCAGAGCGAAUAGUGACUGUGACCGGGCCAACAAAUUCGAUCUUCAAAGCAUUCACGUUGAUAUGCAAGAAAUUCGAGGAAUGGUGUUCGCAGUUCCACGACAUCCAGAGCGGAGGCGGUGUACCGAGGCCGCCAAUUACACUCAGGUUGAUCGUACCGGCUUCUCAAUGCGGUUCCCUCAUCGGCAAGGGUGGCUCGAAGAUCAAGGAGAUACGAGAAGUGACCGGUGCCUCGAUUCAGGUCGCAUCAGAGAUGCUGCCCAAUUCGACGGAACGUGCGGUAACCAUAUCAGGCACCAGCGAGGCCAUUACGCAGUGCAUAUAUCACAUCUGCUGUGUUAUGCUAGAGUCCCCUCCUAAAGGUGCCACGAUCCCUUAUCGCCCCAAACCCCAAGUUGGUGGGCCAUUGAUCCUGGCUGGUGGGCAAGCCUACACCAUCCAGGGUAAUUACGCGGUGCCCGCCCACUCGGACGUAAGUACAGUAUUGCCAUUGCCCGCGCCCGGUGCCGGGCCCACCCCGCCCUCGCUGAAUACCCAAACUUUGACGACCUCACCCUUCGCGGCCCACCCUUCAUCCUCGGCCUUCGCCGCUUCUCACGGGCAUCCGCUCCUAUCCACGGCCCACCUUACCACCCCACAUCAUCCUCUCCAUCCGAGCCCCUUACACGCCAGCGUGGCAGGCCUCGCCGACCCCCUGCUGAAGAGUGGACACUUGCAGGCAGCCCUCCCGCCCGCACACCUCGUGGCAGACGCCAUGGGCAAACUUGGUAGCAAUCCAUUGGCUGGGCUAGCAGCUUUGGGCCUGGGAGGCCUCGCCACACCUGCCAACACCGGUGGAUUAAAUCCAGCAGCACUGGCAGCACUGGCUGGUAGCCAGCUACGCACCAGCAACACGAACAGGCAACAACCAGCGGCGAACAAUCAGACACACGAGAUGACAGUGCCAAACGAGCUGAUCGGUUGUAUCAUCGGCAAAGGUGGUACCAAGAUAGCCGAGAUCCGUCAGAUAUCUGGCGCCAUGAUCCGGAUCAGUAAUUGCGAGGAGAGGGAGGGCGGAGCCACGGAUCGUACGAUCACCAUAACCGGAAAUCCGGACGCUGUGGCACUGGCACAGUAUCUCAUCAGCAUGAGUGUUGAACUGCAGAAAGCUAACCUAGAGGCCCAAAAUACCCAAACCCCUGGCAGCGGUACCACUCCCGGGGCAUCCGGGGCCAGUGCUUCUCCCUCUACUACCACUACCACUGCCUCUCCCUUGGCCAGCGCCAUUCCCUUGGCUCAGCUGCUAAGCAAGCCAGGCGCCCUCAACGCCCUAUCUAGCCUCACCGCCCUCGGCGGACUCACGGAAUUGCUAGGUGGUGCUGCUGGCGCGGCUGCAUCCGCGCUUCCGGUCCAGACAACCGGCGUGCACCGGUCGCACAAGUUCACGCCGAGGCUACGUAGCCCUGGCGCACCUGGGCCUACAGACAGCGGCAAAUUCAAAUCAGAACGCACCAAGUACAACCCGUACUGAGCAAGUGGACGACGACGAUCGACGGAUACACGCGACAGGGAGAUCAUAACACGUACACGCAUUACUCAUCAUCACUACCACCAGCACUCUGAUCAUAAACACACGAGACACGAGAUUUACAUCGGAGAUAAAUGCGUACGGACGCCAGGGUAGCGCGAGUCCGCAUCAAGACUUGGCUAAGGAUCGGACCAAUAUCAAUAUAUAUAUGUAUAUCUAUAUAUUUAACCCUUUCGCUACCGAACGACCAUUGUAUAUCAUAGGAGACUAUAAUCGUUUGAUGAACAUUUUUAGAGCUAGCCUUAAGUGACAAUUAAUACUUAAGACGAGGGUAAAGUUAUCUAUUUGUCACUUUGAAUAUCUAAUUAGUAUAUCUAUCAUCGAGUAAUUUCAAUUCGAUAGCUGGUAGUUUUAUGGUAUACAUUAUAACGCCGGAUAAUAAUCAAAAGAUGUCAUUAAUCAUGAAAACACCUGUCGUAAGGGAAGUUGGAAAUGAGAAUUGUAUGAUACAGAUGAUUAUAGUCGUUCGAUAUCAGGAAUACAAUGGAAAUUUUUUUUUUGAUAAUUAGCAUUUUGACGUAUGCAAUUUCUUACAUUAAUGUACUUCUAAUUUAACAGAACGGAGACUGUAGCGAAAGGAUUAAAGGGUUAAUCACUUUCUCUAACACCAUGAUGUAUGUUAUAGAAUAAGGACCCGUACACCAGUCUACGAUUCCCUGUCACACUGAUCUCGGAUCCAGAAUCAUUUAUCUAUCCGUCAUUUUUUUGCUGAUUUUCCUGAGAUAUCGGGAAUUUGCCAAGGCGAGAUCCGACGCUAAGUCUUCGGACGUUCACACUAGUGCGACACGCCCUCCGAGUCCUUCAUGUUCCUUUUUCAACCAAGGUACACAAGUAUUUUUAUAAUAUCUUUUUUCAUUAUUUUAUUAACAUUUAUUUUCUUGAAUACUUUACUUUAUUUGAUUGGUGAUUUUUGAUUCCUUUUUAUUUUUUCGUUUUUGAAACAUCUAUAGUAUCAUAAGAUACCGCGAUAAUGAUGAUAAUCAGAUUUUUCUAUCGGGUUUACUCUGAGUGACACGACUCGGAGGACGGGACCGCUCGUGCACCGUCGCAAGACAGCCUUUUUUAUAUAUAAUAUAUAUAUAUAUAUGUAUACAUAUACAUAAUAUUAAUUACGAUGAAUUAACGAUUGAUUAAUGUUUGAAGCAGAUAAAGAAAGCUCUUCUUAUUAGAAUUAGGUGAUUCCGAUGUAAUUUUUUUUUCUUCUAGUUGUAUAGCCGACCACUUCGAAGUUUAAUGGCGCGAGUGUGUGAGGAUUUUAAGGUAGAAACUUUUCUGAUGUAUGACAGAGAAUCAUAAUGUGUAUAUGUAUACAUAUGUGUGUAUAUAUAUGCAUUAUUUUUCUUUUUUAUUAUUUUCUUCUUCUAUCGAAAACAAGAGUGAAUGGGACAAAAGGGUGAAAAUGAAAAGUAAAAUGACGUUUAGACACAUCGUGUCGUAAUCAUGUAACCGUGUUAUAAAACGUCGAUGGACUUCCUCCGGAAACGAUCGUGCAAGAAUGAACGAGGAAUGAAAGCGAGCUUAUGAUAUACUUGGAUGAAGUCGUGGAGAAAAGACAUUUGUAUUCAUUCGCUAUACGGAAGUAAUCUGAUCGAUUUUUUUUUUUUUUUUUGCAAUAGUGGUCGUUUUUAAUUGUAACGAAUAAUAACGAUAAUUAUAUAUAUAUAUAUAUGGAAAAAUAAACGGAACGUAAUCAUAUUCUCACGAGGAACACGCUCGAAUUAUAUUAUACGAAUCUAUAGACGUAUUACCAAAUAGAGAGAAGAAAGUAAAUGAUCCUCCAGUGAGUUCAAGAUAAUUAGCGUUAACAAGAUAAACUAACAAUUUUAGAUACGUAUACGUGCGUACACUUUACAUACAUAUUUACACGGUACACCAACACAUAUACAGAAGGGAAGGAAAUAUGAAAAUGGACAAGUUUCGAUGCAGAUCUUGAUCGAUGGGUUUAUCUUGAAAGAAACCAGAUUGCCAUGUUAACACGUUGAAUAUUGUGGAGAUCAUCGUUAAUUAACACCACAAAUUUAAUACCGUCAAGUAACUGAAAUUAAAAUUAUUCAAGAAAAUUCUAAGUUGGGUUAAUAUGUUAAUUCCUCUUAGAAUUUAUUAAAUUUAAAUUGACAAAUUAAUUAUUUCAGUGGAUUAAAUUUGUGGCAACAACGUGUUAAUACAGAAGAUAUUUCAUGAUUGAAUAAAAGAACAGAAAUGAAGAGAAGACCCGACGAACCAAGAGGGUGUUUAAUAAUAUUAAUAAUUGUCUGUUCUUAAUGAACGAUCCGGCUGCAUAGGAGUUCCCAGAUCAAUGUUGUGUGCUCAAUUUCUAGUUCGUAGCGAGGAGAUAUUUGCGUAGAUCGAGCGAAUGUAGACUUCAUAAAUCGGGUGUUUGAUCGUUUGUACAGUGUCGAGCAUUGAUAGCUUUUCCUAGGGAGAAAGGUGAUGUAGGGAAAGAUAGAUCCACCACUGUAAUUUGUAAAAUGCUAUACUUUAGAAGUUUAGAAAAUUUAAUUGUUAUAAUUUAGAAUUUAGAAACUUGGAUGCCAUGAUUUGGAAAUUGAUACACCUUUCAUAGAUGGACCUUUCUUCCCCCACCUCGUCUUUUCCUCUAAGGAAAACCAUCAAUGCUCACCGCUGUAAAUCGGUUUUUUUCUGACGUGAUCGCGAUCGUAACUCGUUCCUGCAAUGAUUAAUGAAAAUAAAUUUAAUCAUAAUAAAUCAACAGCUACAUAUUUCAAUCGCAGAUAGGAGUCACGAACACGAUACAGACGUCUUCGUAGAAUAGUAUACAUUCAUUGCGUUUUACAUUCUGUACACUGUGUAGUCUCGUCCCAGUUUCUUUUUUCGUUCUCUCGUCGAGACAAUAAUGAUUUCUCACUUCGUCGAUGAUUUUCAUGUUAUUAAACAUGGAAUAGUUUGCAUGUGAGAGAUAAAGGGAGGGAGCGAGUGUGCUUAGAGUAACGAUGAGACAGAGAAUCGUUUGAAUCAGAUGAGCAAGGGAGAUCUGACGGUUAUUAUCAAGAGUAUACACACACUCACACAGGACCUUUUUUUUCUUGUUUCUUUUUUCUUUUUAGGUAACGUAUUAGUCUUCAAUCUGUAUAUUGGUCUCUUAUAAACGAUGUCGCAGAGCUUGUGUGCUUAACAAGACAUUAGCUACCCUGUAUCACCUUGUUAAAUAAAGCUAGGCGUGUUUAAUACAUGAAAAAAAAAAAAGAGAAGAAAAUUGAAGAAGAAAAAAAAAAUAAUAAUACGAGAACAACCAACUGGCUCGGCCUUCCUACGAACGAGGUCCCGCAACGCACUCUUGUUUUCUUGUUUCCAACAUCAAGUUCCGUUUGUUCACUGCUGGAAACAGGUGUACUACCAGUUUCUUCUCGUUCUUUAUUUACACGUACCCGUGGCUAAUUAAUAUUUCAGUACAUUGCGCGACCACGUUUCUUGGCGUGCUGCAUUUUAUUGUUGCUUACCUCCUUUUAGAAAUGGGGCUCGAUCGGUAGUGCACGAGAUGAAAACGAACCAUUCUAAAUCGAGUAACGAGAAAUUUCAUAUUAAUUAUGUGUGUUAUAAUUAAUACGUUGCAAAUUUUUAGCACGAUCACUGCCAGCAUUCGGAAAUCGGAAAUUUGUUCAUUAUGAACAAAGUAAAGUCUCUCUGGUAUUAAUUAUUUCACGUUGUUCGAUUUAAUUUGGGCCCAUCUUGAAAGAGCACACCAUUCCACGCGGUAUACCUUUUUAUUUCUUUCACUCUUGACCCGCCAGUGCACACGUGAAUUUCUGGAAAAAGGGCUGUUUAUAAAUCAAAAUUACACUUCAUAUUUUAAUUAUUUCUUUUAAGAAAAAAAUGAAAAAAGAGAUGGGAAUUUAUUAUAUUCCUACGUGUACACUGUCGGAUGAAAAAACAACUAACCAAGAGAAAAGAAGCUUUAAAGAAGUGGACAGUAACAUAUGCAACGUUCCUACGUGUCUCUGUUCACACGUGUAACGUAUGUUCGCUGUCCAGUGUGGUACGUGAAAGAAAUACUGUGAACGUAUAGGGAAAAACCGUUAAGAGCAUAUAUGUGUAUAUAGAAAUCUGUUAAGUGUGCAUAACGUGCAUAUAUUAAACGUACCAAGAGUGGAGAGAACUCAGUACAGAGAGAGAUAUAGAGAAAGAGGGAGGGAGAGAGAGAGAGAAGAUGUAUCCAUCCAAACAACUUGACCCAGGCUCCUGCCCGUCUUUGGAUAUCGCAGGAAACGUCGGGAAUCCCGAUAUCUACGUACUUCAUCCCGCCGGACCACAUCGUUAAGUCGCCGAUCCACUAAAAGUGGUGAGACAGACAAACAAAAAACAAAAAAAAAAAGAAAAGAAAAGCAACAACAAACGUAUGUCGUUGUCGUCGUCGAAAAAGAGAAUAAGAAAAAAACGAAAGAAAAAAGAAGGACGCGGGGCGUCACGACGCACGCGAAGCUGUCGAAUGGCAUCUGGGGCUGGGCCACGCACUGUGUUCAACCAGCUUGCUAAUCAACACACAUACACGAAAACACACACACACAAAAGAAAAACACACACAACCUGAGAGCAACAACAAGAACAACAUUUUAUUAGAAUCAGAAAAGAAAAAAAAAGGGGAGAGGGAGACCGUGUACACAUUUACACACACUUGGACAUUGUUAUAAAUGGUCGGAGAAAGGAGGUACACGUAGAGGUAUGUAAGGAUAAUUGUGCGCGCGCUCUCGACAAAGGUAUUACAGAUGUGUAAAUAAAUUAUAACGAGGCGAGAACGCAGAGGAUAUGAAAAGAAAUGGGAAACAGGUAAACGGAGCACACGCUUUGAAUAGAGAGACACGCCAAGUAGAGACGAAGAAGGCACGCACGCGCGUACACGGAUACAUACAUUUUUUGAGUGUACAAAGCUGUACAAAAAAAAUAAGAAAAAACAAAAAAGAUAUUUAAACGAACAAAAGAAAAAAAAAUGAAGAAAAGAACAAAAAAAAAAAUACAUGAAUAAUAAUAAACAGUGUAAUAAGAUACAUAAACGAUGCACGCCGCAGCACGUGCGGGCGCACGCACGGUGGCUGCUGCCGAUUGGUAAAGGGAACAAGCCAAAGAUACGUUAGUUUUCAUUUUUAUAUUUAAAACGAGAGAGAAACAAAAAAAGAAAAUGAGAAUUACGUGACGGGAGAGAAAUACGAGAGUACUAUUAUAAUUAAUUAUUAUAAUCGUAUCGAGUGUGUGAACAAGGACGCUGAAUAUUAUACAAUAUUGAUAUUAAUUAGGGGGCCGGUUCGUUAGCGAUUUUUCUAUCGAUGGUGUUCCGACACGUUCGAUGUCCACGAUCUUAUCUUCUAUUUUUCUCAUUUUCAGACGGGAAAAGCGUCGGAGAGUAUAUUUAUGAUAAUUUUUGAAAAUUUUAAUUCGUGUUAAUUUUUUUUAUCCUUUUAUGAUAGACAUUGGACAGUGAUAGUGAUAUUUGUAAAUAUUUAUUUAUUUUAAAAGUCUAAAAAGUAUUCUGUUGUGAUAGUAGUAAGAUUCUAUUUAUUAAUUUUCUCGUGAAAGUGAUUUGUUCGAUUCGUUGUUAAAUUGAAUGAUAAAGCAGACGCGGGAGGAGAAAGUUGCGGUAUUGAAUUUGAAAGUGAAAACUAUGAAUAAUGAUUGUAGUUGAAAUAGUAUUGACUGACGUUUAGUAGUAAACAAGUAAUUGAAAUUGGGUAUUUUAACGAUAGUGAAAGUUGGAUGAUGUUUUCAAGAAUCUUCGUUUAUGUUUCUUUUGUUAUCUAUUUUUUAUUGUUACGUUUUGAAAUUGAAUUGAUGGAUUUCUCUUGUACGAGGAAAUGAUUUUAAAUGAUUUUUUUUCCAGGAGAAUACCAGCGAGAGGAAGUUGAUAAAACAUCUUGCAGGGUAUGAAAAAUAUUUAUUAUGCAUAGCAAUUUUUUUUUUGCAUAGCAAUCGAUAGAUUAAAACUUUUUACAAACGCGAAGAAGUUUGCUGAGAAUUUUUUACCUUGUGUUAAACAAGAAAAAAUUAUUUAAUAAUCUUUCAGGUAUAAAAUUCAGGAAGAAAGGAUCUAUCAUCGUAUAACAAACGAUAGAUCUUUUCUGUCCCUCUAUAUUUUAUUUUAUCAAAAGAAAUAUUUAGUUUGUUGAAUUGCAAAUAUUUUGCAAAGAUCGACGCUUUUUCACCGUUCAACGAAUUUCUCAGAGAAUUCGUUCGAUUCCCUGAUGAUUGAGAAUCGAAGAUCGAUCGUGGACUCGCGAUCGUGCGCACGGAACACCGAGGGAAAGUAACAAUUAACCGCGCGCGUUAAUUAAACACGUAGUUCCGUAGUUUUUUGCAUGCGAGACUCGAUUUCACCGAAAUUAACGCUGAACAUGGGGAGAUAAGGUUUUCGUUUUCUUUUUUCCUUUCUUCCUUUCGUCGGAAAGUGUUGUUCCGCUCGCGUGUCGGAGCGGAGAAGCGAGCUGAUCAGCGCGUACCAGCGUCCGCUCGUUCGUUUUUAUUCGGAAAACGAUGGAGAGGUUGCUGGAACGCCUCUCCUGUUGGAGGAACAAAUGAAAUUAUUACAUGGAAUAUAAAUAACGAUAUAUUAUAUAUACACAUAUAAUAUAUAUAUAUAUAUUUAUUAUACGAUUAAAAUGAAAAAGGAAAAAACAAUUAGAGGAGAUUAAAUUAGCGAUGAUAAAAAAAAGAAAAUACAGGUGCGAGCUCAAAAAGCAUUAUGCUUCAAUAUGGAGGCGUACUCUUCUUCUUCUUCUUCUUCUUCUUCUUCAUCUCUUCACCCUUGUCCGCUGUUCUUCCAUCGUUAGGUAUCACUUCCGGUUUAUGGAAUGUUAGGAAACAAUACUUGCUUCGAUCACAGGCGAGCUAUUGAACGCGUUGUAGGGUAGAUUCAGUGUCUUCGAAGAUAAAAAAAGAAAAAUUUGAUUUUUUAAUAUAUCGAUUGUCAUUAGAUGAUUGGUGUUAUUAAUUUAAUAUUGGAGCAAGUAUACUGAGAUAGCGUUCAUUUAAAUUUUAAUCUUCGUUGUAGCAAUCAUUGUCUUAAAUCAUUAAUUUAUGAUCUUUCAUUUGAAUCAUUUUAAUUAUAGCUCGAAUACAUGUAAAUUUCGUUCGAAGAAUUCUGGUUAGCCAGACUUCCGGUCUGUGCCAAAGAAAUUUCGAGGAAACCGUGCUUCCUGCAAACCUCAUCUUAAUUCCAUACAACUUUGUGUUUCUUUCACUGAAUUAUUUAUUAUUUUAAAAAAAAAAAAAAAAGUCGAGGAAUGUGAGAAAGGUGUGCAAUACGAUGUCGUUGUGUUUCUGUGAUCGACGUUUAAUUUCGCCCUCGACAAAACCCCUUCGAUCGCUCAAAAUUAUUUCACCCCCUUCCCCAGUCUUUCGUGAUUCGACACUGUAAAUAAUUAAACGCGUUUCUCGUUGUAAAUAUUUAUUGAUUUCGUUGGAGCGACGUCGCUUCAUCGUCGAUCGAACGAACGUUUCUAUUUAUUCAGCGUUUUUUAACGCUAACUUUAUUUGUAUCUCUUUUUUUUUUUUUUUUCUUAAAUCAAUUCGUUUGCUCAAUCGAGCCGAAAGUUGAAAAAUCUAUUCGAAAUGUAGGAACUUAAGUUUCUGUUCCUAUGCACACGGUGUCCCAGAUAUUUUCUAUAAAAUAGGUGAAUCUAUUCUCCAGAUAAAAAUAAAGAAAAAAAAAUGAAUAUUAUAUAAAACUUAAAUUUAUUAUAUUUCAUAUAUUCAAUAAUUUUCCAAUUUUCAUAUAAUAUUAUUUUCAUCUCCAGAGUAUAAUCACAAAUUUUAACAGGAAAGAAUCAAGACACCUUGUAUGUUUUUUUUAAAUGUGUUUCUAUUUUUUAUCGUACCGAACGUUUGUUCUGUCAUUGUUCUUUUUUAUACGCUAAGUUAAGAGACGUAACUUAUUUAAUUCGUACUGUUAUUUCUAUUUAUCCGUUGUUAUCGUUUCACGGUUUGCGACGAUGAAAAGAUUUCAUCAUUGGCGUUUUUCGACGAAGCAUUUCUCUCUUUUCUCACCACACACACACACACAUAGACACACGAGACACAGUUAUACACGUACACAGAUGUACACAGAAUAUUGUCCUCCCCCUCCGAUGGAUCUUCUCGUUGUUGUUCCUCUUCGUGUCUUCAGAAUUGCAUCACGUAUCUCUUCGCGUUCCGCUUCUUCGUCCGCAAACCUUUUCGCCCUUCCGCUCUCUAUCGAGAAACCGAUAACGACGUACCCGUAAAACGCUUCGAGGAGAAAGAACGAUAGAGAAAUUAAGAGAGAUAAGAGGAAAAAUAAACAGACACAGACGAGCGAGAAAGAAAGUAGCCUCUGCUGAAGGAAAAAAAGAAAAAAAAGCAAGUAGCCCAUGGAAGAACGAAUAAAAAAUAUGAUAGAAUCCACAGGCAAGCUAUGAAAAAUAACAAAAAAAAAAAAAAAGUUAAAUAAUUGAGAGAGAUGCUGUAUGAUUGUGUAUAUCAACAAUAAAUAAUUGCUGUGAUUAGAAAUCGAUUAUUAGUAAGUAGUUAAGGACGAUUUUUAUGGCAGACAGAAAAACACAGAGAUCGCAGAGGAAAAGAAAGAUUAAGAUGCACGUGCUUCGCAAGGUACCCUUUUUUUUUAUUUAAAUAAAAAAAGGGACCAUCGUAAUCGGCUAUGUUGCAUGAGAGUGCGAUUGUAAUGCGCGUGUUUGUGUGAGAAAUAAAAUUGUGCUAUGCUUGAGAGUGCGACAGAGAAAGCUUUAGAAUGCUCUUUUUUCAUUUUCUUGAAUUCUUUUCUUUUUUCUAUUUUUCCAAAACGCGCGCGCUUGGUCGAAUUUGAAAUUUUGUGGAUGUAAAAAUCGACCCACGCGUUUGUACACGUAAUCGUGAUUCUUCUCCCUCGACUUCUAUUUUCAUUUAAAAGAAUUAUUGAACACUGAAUGAACGUGAUUUAAUUUGUUAAAAUUAAGUUAGAUCGGUGCUUAGGUGUUAGAAGAAUUUAGGGUAUGCUACGCGAUGGAAGAUCGGACCAAAUUUGUGUAUUUUUUCAUUGCAAUUGUGCCAAAAGAAAAUUAGUACCACAAUCGUGGGUGUACUUUAAGUGUUAGUAGUAUUUUUUAUAGAGAUCGGUUUUUAAACGUGGCUAGAAUUUUAUAUAAGACUAAGGAGGAAAGCUCCUUAAAUUUCAGAACUGUUUAAAACAAUCAUUGUAAGUAACGUUAAGAUUAAUAUUCACGAGUGUUACUUUGAACAAAAACAAUAACCCGUUCGACGAGACGAGUCAGGAUAUGUUUACAAAUUCGCGCGCUCGACGCAGAGCUCAGUUGUUCCCGGUUCUUCAAGCGUAUCGGUCGAGGUUUGUGUACUUCUAGCCGAGCCUGCUUCGAGCACGUGAAUUUUUACGCAUUUACUCGUCUCGUCUCGUUGGAUGGAGUAUAGGUACGUAGAAUCUUCCGAGUCGAGGGAGAAGGGUUAAAUUCCCAGUGAUUUUUUAUCAUCGAAUCGAACGGAGAACGGUGGUCAUUGAUCGUUCAAUUUCUUCGUACUCAAUCGCAGUGUCUAUAUUCUUGGAUUCGUCGAAUGACAUUGUCCACCGAGUUUCAGUCGAAAAUGAUCAUCGUAAUUUAAAUCUCGCGAUCAUUUCCUCGUUGAAUCAUCAAUUAACCAUGGAUUUGCUUUCAAACGAUUGGAAAUGAUCGCGAGAGUGAUGUACUCCCAGAAGCAUAUCCGCUGACACAUAUGACUAGAUUACGAACUAAUUAAUCUCUCUUCUGCUCCGAUAAUAAGCUCAUAUUUAUUCGGACAUCUGUAUCUCGUAGUAUACCUUCGAGUCGACUCUUCGUAGCGUUUAGUAGCCUCUAAGAUCAUCAUCUACCCGGUGUAAUUUCGUAUUCAUGAUGAAGAGGUGCCACGUUUAGAGGGAUCGAUUGAACAAUGGGGUCCUAUGUAUAUAGGAACAUGCGUGUGUUCAGGAGGUAUCCAGAGGUGUCAUAUACGUUUUAUUAAUGCUUCUUUUGUACCAGAAUUUGGAGAGGGGAUGGACAUGGAUUUUGGCGAGGAUCCAUAAAUAAAAACGUAGAGUUUCAUUUUAAUUAAUAUAUUAAUUCCCUGCCACAGGAUUGUCAACUUUUUCAUAGGAACAUAUGGCAGGGAACGUGUUAAUAAUAAAUUAAAUUUUGACACAUCCACGUCCAUUUCCAGCCCAUAAAAAAGAUACAGAAAUGUAAAGAGAAAAUGCAAGAAAUAAAACACCAUGGCAUCUCUAUGGGUAUCCAGAACCUCACAGUUCUUCCAACAUCACUCAGUGUGUCCCUCGAAGUUCUGGAAGAAGUUGGACCAUCUCGACGUUACUCUUCGUCGUUCUUCAACGAGAAAUGAGAGAAAUGUGAGAGGAUCGUCGAUUUGGAUACACGGUUCAACCCCUUCCCGUGAUUGUUCACGUACAGUAGCGACGUGUACGAGUAGUUCGAAGAAACUCGAAAGGUGCCCAUUUAUACCCCACAAAGGUCAGUCGUUUUGAUCAAUUUGAUCCUUCUCACUAAUCUUAUCUAUACGUAUUUGUCUCGUCAUUUGCCCUCGAACGAAUUUAUUUAAAGGAAAAGCGAGAAUGUUUAAUAGGAACAUGAUCGUAUCGUUGUGGCGUAGAGCAAUCUGUUAGUGCAGGGGCCUUAUCCUUACUGCGCGGGUCCUGAUUUGAAUUCCUUGUGAUUCAUGCGACACAUGUGGGUUUCAUCGUAGAAAAUUUUUCCUGAUUUCUGGGAUACUCGUCGAUUGGUACAAUUAAGGGAUUAUAAAAGUACAAAAUUUGUUAUUUAACCGGGAUAUAGUUUUAGGAUGUAGAAAAGUGAUAAAUUGUAUAGCGAUAGGAGAAAUAUUUUAGUAUAUUUUGUUUUUUUUAUAAAAAUAUUCUUUCGUUUUAAGGGUCUCGGGGUAAUUAAAAUCAUUCUCAAUAAUAAAUUCCCUGACUCGUGCAAUAAAAUCUAAUAUUGAUACAAUUAAUUUACAUAUCAUGAAACGUAAGGGAUACCCAUAAGUUUUGCUCAAAUUAGAAGUAGUAUCGAGAGUAAUAAUAAAUCGCUUGCCUAUAUUUUAUUAAUGAUAGAAGGAUUAUUUUAAUUUUCGAACGAAUUGAAAUGGAAUCCACGCGUGUCGCUUUCAGAAGUGAAUCCGGUCAGUCGCCCAAACCUUACCGUAACGCAAGGCAAUCAGCUAAGAAAUAACUUAGUUUUUAUAGGAUAUUGAAGCACACGCGUUCUACAUCCGGCGAGUUACAGAAUAAAGGGUUGAAAACCUUGGAAUUUUCUCGCCUGAAGGGCGCGUGAAGAAAUGACUCGAGCGCGAUCGGGGCUGCGGCCCAAGAUUUUUCAAACGUCAUAUUUUUCUGUAACGAUUAAACGAGAAUGAGAUUAGAGAAUUGCGAGAGAAACCGAGGAGAAACUCGAGUACCCGAUGAAAAUACGGUACCAUGCUUGAGAUUAUAAUCGAGUCGCAGAGAGUGUCAUUGUUUUCCUUCUUUCUUUUAAUAUGUGUGUGCCAAAUGAACGAAAAAAAAAAAGGAGAGAAUAAUAUAUUGAGGGUGAAUGGCUCAAAGCCGUGUGCCAAGCUUGGAGAAAAAAAAAUCGUGGACUUAUUAAAUAUCUGUGCCAAAUCGUCGUUACACACCCAUAUUGAUGCAAUUGUUUCUCGAAUAAUAUUUUUUCCAUCUCUUUGCCUACCGAUUUUUUCCAAUUUAAUUUGUAUUACAGCCUUCGUGUACUUUAUACCUGUUAUUUUAUUUCGUAAUUUAACACGUUCAGUGCCACUAUUCGAUAAAAGAUUAAUUAUUUUGAUUCCAGUAAAUUGCUUUCGCCAUGAAACGAUGGGAAACAAAUCGGCAUUGAGUGGGAAAAAAAAUUAUUAGGUUGCAACGUGUAAAAUGUGUUUUAUAAAUAUUUAUUUUCAUUCGUGAAAUUGUUGAACUUGUGCUAAAUAAUCUUACCCUUUAAUCAUCCCAAGUCUUCCGUUUUAAUUUUCAAGGUUGAUUAAUUACCUGACUAUAGAGUCUUCCUUAGAAAAUUAACAAUGGACAUUUCAUUCGUUGCAACCAUUUAAGCAGAAGAAAAAUGAAUCGUGCGAAGAUUUCUGCAACAGGGAUUAUAUAUAAAAAGCUUUAAUUUUUUGCAUUAAUCUGCGAUCCAAUUAAGUAGAUCGUCUCGUGUUAUCAGAAAAGCAGGAUUUGAUGUGCUUCAUCCCCUUUUCGUUACAUCUCCUAUACAUCUUCUUCGUCUUAAAUCAUUCUUAAAAUGAUCCAUGAUCGAUCUCGAACGAAGAGACAAGUCUGAUUAAUAAUUAAAAAUUGUGCUCUAUUGCAUAUCAUUGCUUUAGAAGAAUAAAAAAAGCUUGCUAGCUUAGAAAUUUCUCAAUCAGAGUGUAUUUUAUACGAUGAAAAUUUCUGAAAUUAUUUUGAAAUGUAUAUUCUAUAAAUCUUCAUAUCGUAAUUAUAGCUACUUAGAAAAUAUAAAAAUUCUUAAUGAAUCAUUUCUAAAAUUGAAAAGUUAUCGAUGAACGUAAUCGUGGAUCAUUUAAAUAAAUUAAUCUUGCAUGAUUUUGUAAAUCAUUCGGUGUCAUCGAGACGAAGAAGAACCGCACGAAAAUGAGAAUAAACGCGUGAAGAGACACGUAUAUACACACGAUACAUCGUCAUCGUCAUCUUCCUCUGUUUCUUUUGCACCGCCCUCGCAUAUACACGUGCAGCUGUACCUUCUCUUCCGAACCCUUUUCAUUUUUCAAAUCUUCCUCGGCCGGUAUUCACUUAUGUUAGAAAGCCUUUACGAAAACAGGGUCAUAAAUACUUACGUGUAAUACGAGUAUUUUAAAUUUUUAACUCGCGGUUAACGAAAAACAAACGGAGUAAAAGAAUAAAUUAAAAAAAGAAAAAAAAUGUAAAAGAGAAGCAAAGAACGCGCGUGAGACAAAGAGCAAGCGUGUUUUAGUGUGCAAUGUAAAAGCGGAGAGCAAAGUGAGAGAGAGAGAGAGAGAGAGAGAGAGAGCAAAUUUUUACAAAAAGUGAAAAAAUAAAAAAUAGAAAGAGCGAUGUAGUAUUGUGAAAUGGAUUGCGUUAAAAAGAAACGUCGCGACUGCGUCUUUCAUAAAAGCGUUUCGUCGGCUAAAGGAGCGAAACGUCGCUUUUUAUAACAAAAAAAAAAAAAA